AGAACUCUGACCCGGAAAUAGAAGGACGAAUUAUAUGCCUGAACAAAAAACAAACGGCUAUCAUCAAGCUAGCUGUUUCAUUUGACAUUUAGAAUGAAGACUCUUGGCUGUCAAAACAUCGUCACCGGGACAUGUAAACAUUGAAAACAAUAUAAGCGGAAUAUAGUUGCUGGGGAGACAUUGCGGCAUUCACAGUGUUAAUAUUGCACUUCUCAAUGAGGUACAAAGUUCAUGGCUCCUGUUGUUUGUCCCGCCUCUUCCUGCUUGGACCUCGGUUGGGCCAGGUGUGUGUGGUCCGAACCUACAGUGCCCAACACCAGCCAAGUGGACCAAAACGUCCUGAUGGGAGGGACGGACCUGAGACGCUGAAGAAACGUGCACUGUCAGCCUUACAACAUGCAGGUCAAUUGGGGCAGCAGUGGGGUCAAAGGUCGGCACAGAUGAUGAGUGCCACCAUGAACAGUUGGUGGGAGAGAUAUGAGGAAUUUGUUGGUCUCAACGAGGUCCGUCACGCUCAGACCAAGGUCACAGAGGCUGAAGCGGCGUUCAUGGUGUCCAGGGGGAUGGUACGUGAGGCCCACGGCAGCCUGGAGGCCCUUCUGGCCCGGCUGAAGGAGGUCAGGGACAGGCUGGACAGAGUUUCGAGGGAGGAGGCGCACUACCUGGAGCUGGCCACGCUGGAGCACAAACUACUGCAGGAGGAACGUCGCCUGAGGACAUCGUACGAGUGUACAGAGAGCUCGGAGAGAGAGAAGUUUGCCUUGUUUUCAGCCGCCGUCCGAGAGAGUCACGAGAAGGAGAGGACGCGAGCCGAGCGUACUAAGAACUGGUCCAUCAUCGGCUCGGUGCUGGGAGCCCUGAUUGGGGUCAUGGGGUCGACGUACAUCAACCGGGUCCGCCUGCAGGAGCUGAAGGGUUUGUUGCUGGAAGCCCAGAAAGGUCCAGAAAGCCUGCAGGAAGCCCUCAAAGUCCAAGCAGGAAACCACCGCUCCCAGCAGGACGAGCUGCGUGCCCUCAUCGACACCCUCAGGGUCACCAUAAAUGACCCUAAGGGUCCGAGUCCUGCCUCACCCAUCAGGCCUUCUUCAACCUUGAGUGAAGUCCGCAGUAGCAACCAAAGGACUGAAUCCCUGAUGCAGUCUCUUUUGCCACAAGUGGGUCAGCUCCAGCAAGGACUCGCCAAGGUCCACAACGAGCUUUGUGGUCUGAGAAACCUGCUGGAAACCGCACUGCAGGCUCGCAGGGAAACACCGGAGAGGCCGGUCGGUAUCGAGAGAGCGGGAGCAGACGAGGUUCUGGGGUCGGAGUCAAUGUUUCAGACUCUAGAGGACACUCAGAGGACGUUGGGGGAGCGUAUCAGCCGCAGCACCCUCUAUAACGCCACCUUCACGUACACGGCCACCGCUAUCACCAUUGCCGCCGUGUACAUUCUCCUGCGAGGAGGCUCUUAGGCGACGUUCACACUGCAGCUCGAUUCCAAUAUCAAAUGUUUUCCCAUGUCAGUGUGAAUAGUAAAAUCCAUUUUUUUAGCUUUAGAGACCAAUCAAACUUAUUUAAAUGAUUUAAAUGUGGUCACCAUGGCAACAUGGACCAAAUAUUACUGACAUACUUGAACAUAUAAUAUCAUGCUGCACUGAAACCAUUUAUGAUCACAUCAUUAAAAAAAACACUGAAUCUC